AAUUGGGAUUAUUUGCGAAUCAAUGAAGAAUACGAGGAAGUUUCGGAAGGAAGUCCCUUGAUUUUGAAUAAUGGCAUAUUCUAUGGUCAACCAGAUUGUGCCGCCAUUUGUUGAAGACGAUGAGGGCAAUCCAGCGGCCCGCUGGGAGAAGUGGCGAGAGCAUUUCGAGGCGUAUCUCGAUUGGAAAAAUGUGGUUGAUCACGAAGAAAAGUAUAAAUCAUUAAUGCUGUUUGGCGGUUCCGACAUCCGUAGAAUUGUUUCGAAAAUACAGGUAAAUGAAUCGCAUCUUCUGAGCAACCGUUAUCAUGCGGCUCUUCAAGUACUGGAUGAGUAUUUUAUACCCCGCGUGUCGAAAACAUUUGAAAGGCAGAGGUUUCGGCAAAUACUUCCAGAGCCAAAUGAAAAGCUGGACAAAUACGCAAUUCGCCUAAAGAAACAGGCAGCCAACUGUUCAUUCGGAAGUCAAACGGACAAUAUGAUUGUGGAUCAAAUCGUGUCAAACACCAAAGACGACAAAUUGAAGCGCAAGUGGUUAGAAAAGGACUACACACUAGAUGAGGUGCUAGCAAUGGCUCGAACUCAGGAAUCCGUGCAAUUCCAAUUAAGCCGGAAAGGGAAACCGAACCCCCAGUACUGA